AUGGCAGACAGUUUUUCGCUUAAUGAUGCGUUAUCUGGGUCUGGAAACCCAAACCCUCAGGGAUGGCCUGGUCAGUGGGGAAACCAGCCCGCUGGGGCAGGGGGCUAUCCAGGGGCCCAUCCUUAUCCUGGGGCCUACCCUGGACAGGCUCCUCCAGGGGCCUACCCUGGCCAGGCACCCCCGGCCGCCUACCCUGGCCAGGCACCCCCGGCUGCCUACCCUGGCCCAACGGCACCAGGAACUUAUCCCGGACCACCCGCACCCGGAGCCUACCCGGGGCAGCCUGGCGGGCCUGGGGCCUACCCGCCGCCCGCCCAGCCAAGUGCUCCCGGAGCCUACCCGGCUGCUGGCCCCUUUGGUGUUCCCGCUGGGCCACUGACCGUGCCCUAUGAACUGCCUCUGCCUGCGGGAGUUAUGCCUCGCAUGCUGAUCACCAUCCUGGGCACGGUGAAGCCCAACGCAAACCGAAUUGCCUUAGAUUUCAAGAAGGGGAAUGAUGUUGCCUUCCACUUUAACCCACGCUUCAAGGAGGACAACCAGAGAGUCAUUGUUUGUAAUACCAAGGUGCACGAUGCCUGGGGAAGGGAAGAAAGACAUGCGCAAUUCCCAUUCAAGAGUGGCCAACCAUUUAAGAUACAAAUUCUGGUUGAGUCUGACCACUUCAAGGUUGCAGUCAAUGAUGCUCACUUGUUGCAGUACAAUCAUCGGAUGAAAAAUCUCAACGAAAUCACCAAACUGGGAAUUUCAGGUGAUAUCGACCUCACCAGUGCUUCCCAUGCUAUGAUAUAAUCUGAAAGGCCAGAUACUUUUUUAAGAUUAAAAUUGUAUCUGAACCUUAUACAUGUCAAAACUACAUAUUCAUCAUGAAUGGAAAAUUUUACACUUAUUCAUCAAUAUCCUUCUUGUAAGUCAUCCAUUUAAUAAAUUUAAUAUGCUAAGAGUU